CAAAAACGAGGGAAUCUCGAUACUUUCGAAUUCUGGGGGAAUCAAACCACUUCGCCCAAUUGACCGCCCUCUCCGCUCCUUCGAGAUUGCUUUUCCAGCUUGCCCAAGAUGAUCGCUCAACGGCUCGGCCUCGCUGCCAUGCGCAGCGCGACUAAGCCCAACGCUUUCUUCAGCCAGAACAUUCCUCGCAUGGUUCUCGCCUCUGCCAUGUCGACUUCUCAGGCCCGACUCAUCUCGACUGAGAAGCUCACCCCCGAACAGGGCCAGCAGAUCCUCGUCAAGCAGCGUCUCGACCGCCCCGUCUCUCCCAACCUGGGCAUCUACAAAAUGGAACAGACCUGGUUCGGCGCCUCCGCUUGGACUCGUAUCACCGGCUGCGCGCUCUCCGGCGCCGCCUACGUCUACUUCACCGCCUACCUCGCCUCUCCUCUUCUGGGCUUCCACAUUGAGAGCGCUGCCCUGGCUUCCGGCUUUGCUGCUCUGCCUUUUGUCGUCAAGGGCGCCAUCAAGUUCGCCUUGGCUUUCCCUUUCACCUUCCACUUCAUCAACGGCAUCAAGCAUCUGGUAUACGACCUGGGUAUUGGAUUUGCCAAGAAGCAGAUCACGAGGGGAGAGAUUGCUCUGUGGGUUUCAAGUAUCCUUGGCGGUGGCUACUUGGCUUUCGGCUUGUAAGAGGUGGGAAAUGGGGCGAGUGGGAUACAUACGGAAAGGGAGUAUAUACCGGGCGGGGAAUUGAAGGUGUAGUGUAAAACUAACUGGCCAUGAAAGGCCUUUUCGAUUAACUGUCCAAAUCUUGAUAUUAAAAAAAGAAUUAUAAACAAUCUGAACAAUGCGCACUAAUCGUGCAGUAUA